AGACCCAGUUUGCGCAUGCGCGGCGAGAACUCGCGAAGUAUGGCGGGCCCCGCGCCGGGUACUAUCAUGGCUGAAGAUUACUUUGGGAAUACCGCCGAGUGGGGCGAGGAGGCGGACGGCGGCCAGCAGCAGGAAGAUGAUUCUGGAGAAGGAGAAGAUGAUGCAGAGGUGCAGCAGGAAUGCCUGCAUAAGUUUUCUACGCGGGACUAUAUCAUGGAGCCCUCCAUCUUCAACACUUUGAAGAGGUAUUUUCAGGCAGGAGGGUCUCCGGAAAACGUCAUCCAGCUCUUAUCCGAGAACUACACUGCUGUGGCCCAGACUGUGAACCUGCUGGCCGAGUGGCUCAUUCAGACAGGUGUUGAGCCAGUGCAGGUUCAGGAAACGGUGGAAAAUCACUUGAAGAGUUUAUUGAUCAAACAUUUUGACCCUCGCAAAGCAGAUUCUAUUUUUACUGAAGAAGGAGAGACCCCAGCUUGGCUCGAACAAAUGAUUGCACACACCACUUGGAGGGAUCUCUUUUACAAACUGGCUGAAGCUCAUCCGGACUGUUUGAUGCUUAACUUUACUGUGAAGCUGAUUUCUGAUGCAGGCUAUCAAGGGGAGAUAACCAGCGUGUCCACUGCUUGUCAGCAGCUAGAAGUGUUCUCCAGAGUGCUUCGAACCUCUCUAGCCACCAUCUUGGAUGGAGGAGAAGAAAACCUUGAAAAAAACCUUCCUGAGUUUGCUAAGAUGGUGUGCCACGGGGAGCACACGUACCUGUUCGCCCAGGCUGUGAUGUCGGUGCUGGCGCAGGAGGAGCAGGGCGGCUCUGCGGUUCGCAGGGUCGCACAGGAGGUGCAGCGCUUCGCCCAGGAGAAAGGCCAUGAUGCCAGUCAGAUCACAUUGGCCCUGGGCACAGCCGCCUCCUACCCCCGUGCCUGUCAGGCCCUUGGGGCCAUGCUGUCCAAAGGAGCCCUGAACCCCGCAGACAUCACAGUCCUGUUCAAGAUGUUCACGAGCAUGGACCCCCCUCCUGUUGAACUCAUCCGGGUUCCAGCCUUCCUGGACCUGUUCAUGCAGUCACUCUUCAAACCAGGCGCCCGGAUCAACCAGGACCACAAACACAAGUACAUCCACAUCUUGGCUUAUGCAGCAAGUGUGGUUGAGACCUGGAAGAAGAACAAGCGGGUGAGCAUCAAUAAGGAUGAGUUGAAGUCAACAUCGAAAGCUGUGGAGACGGUCCACAAUUUGUGUUGCAAUGAGAACAAAGGCGCCUCUGAACUUGUGGCAGAACUGAGCACACUUUAUCAGUGUAUUAGGUUUCCAGUGGUAGCAAUGGGUGUGCUGAAAUGGGUGGAUUGGACUGUGUCCGAACCAAGGUACUUCCAGCUGCAGACUGACCAUACUCCAGUACACCUGGCAUUGCUGGAUGAGAUCAGCACCUGCCACCAGCUCCUGCACCCCCAGGUUCUACAGCUGCUCGUUAAGCUCUUUGAGACUGAGCACUCCCAGCUGGAUGUAAUGGAGCAGCUUGAGUUGAAGAAGACCCUGCUGGACAGGAUGGUUCACCUGCUGAGUCGAGGUUAUGUACUUCCUGUUGUCAGUUACAUCCGAAAGUGUCUGGAGAAGCUGGACACUGACAUUUCACUCAUUCGCUAUUUUGUCACUGAGGUGCUGGAUGUUAUUGCUCCUCCGUACACCUCUGACUUUGUGCAGCUCUUCCUCCCCAUCUUGGAAAACGAUAGCAUUGCAGGCACCAUCAAAACAGAGGGCGAACAUGACCCUGUGACGGAAUUCAUUGCUCACUGCAAGUCUAACUUCAUCAUGGUGAACUGAGUCAGAACAGCCUGCCGAGCUGAAGCAGAGCCUUGUGGAGCGUGGCUGGGGGACCCCUUCAAGCAGCUGCCAUCUGAAGAGGCUCAGUCAGCAUCUUGGAUGUGGGGUCUGCUAGGAGGGUGUGGAUAAUUUUUUUAAGAGGAGAAUGUUAGCAGUGUGAGAACCUACCGUUAAGGAUGGUCCCUUCUGUGUUGUCAGCCCAGUUUGUUCCUAAAUCCUGUGUGCAGUGCUCAUUUCCCUCAGUUUAGGAACCAGGUUCAUAUUACCUCUUGGGACGAGUCUACUCGUCAGGCCAGGGAUGGUAGGAAUUCAGAAAGAGACACUUUGGUGAACUAUUUUCAAGGUAGAUUUAAGUUUCCUCAGAAGAACCAAGUUGGUUGGUUGAUUUGAGUUUUUUUUUCUUUGUGUGUGGAUAAUUGUUUAAAUUUCCUAACAACAUGAAAUAAAUUUUUAAAAAGCC